UAGCUUCUUGAAUUGGGUUAGUAAGCUGGAGCCUGUCCUUUACUGCUGCCUGUGACUCUUGGGGAAAUUAUGUCAGCUUAGUUGGGUAAAGAACACAGAUGAGAGCUUGCAUUCCCAGCUAGAAAGGCCGCCACAUCUCCCCUAGCGGUUUCCCUCUGCUCUCUCUUUCUCAGUGUGAGUCUGGCCUAAUCAAAGACUGAGGUUAUGAAGUCCAUCCUAGAUGGCCUUGCUGAUACCACCUUCCGCACCAUCACCACAGAUCUCCUCUAUAUGGGUUCCAAUGACAUUCAGUACGGAGACAUCAAAGGUGACAUGGCAUCCAAACUAGGAUACUUCCCACAGAAAUUCCCUUUAACAUCCUUCAGGGGCAGUCCCUUCCAAGAAAAGAUGACUGCAGGCGACAACCCCCAGCUGGUCCCAGACCCAGCAAACCUCACAGAAUUCUACAACAAGUCUCUCUCGUCAUACAAGGAGAAUGAGGAGAACAUCCAGUGUGGGGAGAACUUCAUGGACAUGGAGUGCUUCAUGAUUCUGAACCCCAGCCAGCAGCUGGCCAUCGCUGUGCUGUCCCUCACACUGGGCACCUUCACGGUCCUGGAGAACCUGCUGGUGCUCUGUGUCAUCCUGCACUCACGCAGCCUCCGCUGCCGGCCUUCCUACCACUUCAUUGGCAGCCUGGCAGUGGCUGACCUCCUGGGCAGCGUCAUUUUUGUCUACAGCUUUGUCGACUUCCAUGUGUUCCACCGUAAGGAUAGCCCCAAUGUGUUUCUGUUCAAACUGGGUGGCGUCACGGCCUCCUUCACGGCCUCCGUAGGCAGCCUGUUCCUCACAGCCAUCGACAGGUACAUAUCUAUUCACAGGCCCCUGGCCUAUAAGAGGAUCGUCACCAGGCCCAAGGCCGUGGUGGCCUUUUGCCUGAUGUGGACCAUCGCAAUUGUCAUUGCUGUGCUGCCACUCCUCGGCUGGAACUGCAAGAAGCUUCAGUCUGUGUGCUCUGACAUCUUCCCACUCAUUGACGAGACCUAUCUAAUGUUCUGGAUCGGGGUCACCAGCGUGCUGCUGCUGUUCAUUGUGUAUGCCUAUAUGUUCAUCCUCUGGAAAGCUCACAGCCACGCCGUCCGCAUGAUUCAGCGUGGAACCCAGAAGAGCAUCAUCAUUCACACGUCCGAGGAUGGCAAGGUACAGGUGACCCGCCCUGACCAGGCCCGCAUGGACAUUAGGCUAGCCAAAACUCUGGUCCUGAUCCUGGUGGUUUUGAUAAUCUGCUGGGGCCCUCUGCUUGCGAUCAUGGUAUAUGAUGUCUUUGGGAAGAUGAACAAGCUCAUUAAGACAGUGUUUGCCUUCUGCAGUAUGCUCUGCCUCCUGAACUCCACCGUGAACCCCAUCAUCUAUGCUCUGAGGAGCAAGGACCUGAGACAUGCUUUCCGCAGUAUGUUUCCCUCAUGCGAAGGCACAGCACAGCCGCUGGAUAACAGCAUGGGGGACUCGGACUGCCUGCACAAGCAUGCCAACAAUACAGCUAGCAUGCACAGGGCUGCAGAAAGCUGCAUCAAGAGCACAGUCAAGAUCGCCAAGGUGACUAUGUCUGUGUCCACAGACACGUCUGCUGAGGCCCUGUGAGCCUACUGCAUCCCUAGCGGCAUGGGAAAAGAAGUUCAUUUUCUUUUAACUCAAAAUUUAGAAGAGUGUUGUCUCAUUGGUUAUAUUUUUUUAAUUUUGCCAUGUUCAGUAAAAAGGUGACUUGUCACCAUGCUCAUUUAUUAGUUUGCUGACAUCUCAAUAGAUUAGGUACUUAAACUCCAUUCUCCAGGGUUUACAGUGGAGAAAGCCUUUUGCUUUAGUUACUGAAUGGUCCUUCAGAGUCUCAAUGAAAUAGGAGGGAAGGCUUUGAAGUCUAAGUACCCAUAGAAAAAUGUCAUCACAUGAGUAAUGCCUUUGUAACCACAACUUUUGUGAUAUGUCUGUUUAUAGUGUCAGAGAUGUUCAUUUUCACAAUACUUAUAGUACUAGAGAUAUUUUGUAAAAUGUAUUGUGUGUUGUGACCUGUGUAUCAGUGUUCACUAAGUGUUAAUUUUGUCUAGCUUAGCAAAACCAAAAGGUAGACUUUCAUGAGACCAAUAGAGAACAGGACUGGAUCCAUGGCAAUGAGAUCACUUUCUAAGAACAUUAUUGUCCAUGUUGACAUUUUACAAACCUCUUAGUAUUUCUUCAGAUAUCUCUAAUGUUGACAUUGGAAUAACCAUAAAGGUUUAUUUUCCUGUUAACACACAAAAAAAGUUUGAAGACUAUCCAAAGUAUUGAGCAGGAUUGAUUAACACUUAAAAAUUUGCUAGCCUCCAUUUUUGUAGGACAUUUGUUCUGGACUAUAGCUGUUAGGUUGGGUAACAGAUUAUAAUCAGAAUGGAGAUGAGAAAGCAUCUUGACUUUUUUGAUUGGCAUCUCUGACUUUCUUUGGUUGUUAUCUAGUACCAGACCUCCAAAGACAGCAUGUGUCAACGUCAUGUACGUUGUUAUCUCUGUGCAGUUGCUGAUAACUUGAAGAGUCUCACAUUCCUAUGUUCCAGAUGUGAGUAGACUUCAUGCCUCAGUGGCCAAAUAGUCAUAUCAUUUGUGUUUUAAUCAAAAAGAAGUCUGGAUCAUAAGUGUACUAUGUGUGGGUGUGAAUGUAAAUGUACUUAUGUGCGUGUUUCUACCUUGUAACUGUUAUAGCAAUGUCAUAACGUGAGAAAAUUGUGACCAAGUAUGAACUGUGCCAGCUGCUGCACUCUUGCACAUGAAUUGUUGCUAAAACUUAGUUCUUCCCGAAAUGUUGCUGAUAAAAGUUAUGACUAAAACCAUUAAGAAAAAAUCAGCUUACCUAAGAGAUUGGAUCAGGUAUUGCUAAUGCUCAUUCAUUGUGAUAUAAGGCCAGUGUGUAGAAGAAAAUAUCAGUCCAGGUGCAGAAACAAAGGCUUGUGUGAGGGUUUGUGAGCACCUGUUAGUCAUCACAUUCAUGGACAUAGAAAUCAUCAAAAGCAAGGUGGGUCUAAAAGCCCCUUAGGUUUUUCAGUGGUGCAUUUAAGAUGUGUGGUCCUAGUUUCCAUAGUACACUAUACAGAGCAUGCUAAAGUAGGACUACUAAGUCCAGGUUAGGUGGUUACAGAGACUGAAUAUGACAGUGGGCAAGACAGAAGGUGAAAAGCUAGUGAACGCCCAGUGCCUGGUUUUGUACAGGUAAGUUUAGGUUAAGGAAUAAACUUCGCCUUCACUCAGUGGUAGAAAAUAUGCCACAGCAUAAAGGUGAUGCUCUUGGCUUGCGUGCUUCUGACUUUCUGCUGCAUGGUCCAGAAUGUUGCCAUGGUGCUCAGAAUGGGGCCCUUUCCAGUAAGAAAACGUACUGCUUAAAAAGCCACUCAACCCUCACAAGUUUUACUUAUAGACACUCCUCCUUAUACAGAUAAAGCAUGAGCCUCUUUCUGGUGGAUUAGGAAGCCUUCAUAGAGGAGAGAAGAGUAUUGACAAAAACAUCAUCAAGGUCUAAUUUCUGACUAGGAGUUACUAGUCUUGCCCUGCAUCAUUGAAUAUGAAUUUGCAUGCCUCUGCCAGACAGUACCAUUCUCUUCUCACAGCUAUGAAGACCUGAUGGGGAUGAAAUUCUCAGUAUAAGGAUUUUUAAAAACCCAGGAUUCGCUUUUGAAGCUGCAUUUGUGCGAAUGCCGUGUAAAUUUAACUGUGUCUUGUACCUUUAGGAACUAAAUCAUAUAUAACAAAUUAAGGGACAAUGGGGCUGAUAGCACUACAUUGGUGCUUCUUGAUAUUCUAAGAAAUAUCUUGUGAAAUAUCAUCCUGUGUGUAUUCUACUACACUCAUUUUUAAAGGGUUUAAAUUUAGUUGGAUUAAUUCUGGCAUUCUCAUAACAUUUCCUAACUCUAGUGACCAAAAUAUUCUCCCUGGUGAAUAUAUUCACUAGGAUUAGUGUUCAUUUGUUGUUGCUCAUCAACCAGUCCCUUCACUGGCUCCAUUAGUUUAAAUAUUACUUAACUUUAAGCAUUUGUAAGCUCUAUCUACUUCCCUGUGAGGAUGACAUAUCUGUCCUGAGCAUGUUCUCAACCAUCAUGUGUCUUCAGAUAAGGCUGGUUCCCAACCCACUUCACUUCAGAUUCAUCCUACACCAAAAGCAUCAUGUAGACCAGUGAGGCUGUCUCCAAGCACCUCAGAUUGUUUACUCCCUAUUAAAUAUCUAUUAGAGAAACACAGAUUAGGGAGGCUCCACAAACAUAUGCCUAUGUCUAAAAGGGUUCCCCGGUUUCCAGCACUUUGAGCCAGGUCUAGCUGCAAUCAUUUUGGAAGGAUUUUGGGAACCUCAACUUACUCUACAGGAGUAUACCCAACCACAUAUGAGAACCAAGUCUUCGAUUAGUAGCACUCUAGUUACUAUCCCAUUGAGUAAUUUCUGCCAUUCCACAUCCAUAAAGGAGACCACUGCUAUCAUGCACAAAAUUAGAUUUCUCAUACUAUGUAUAUUUGUAUGAUAUUUAAAAUCUAAGUGGCUGUUCACAAUUGUCCUGCACUGGCCUUCUGGUGAGAUGCUAACAUGCCUAUUGUAAUAUAGACAAAACAUUCUAGCUACUGAUGUGGACUGAAUGUAUGUAAAUAGGUUUUAAAAACAAGCCAGAUGUUUAAGCAGUAGUUUACAAAUCAAUGAUUUUCAUCUAGGAGAGUUUCCAUUGUUGUGGCAUUCUAAAAGCUCUCUUCAUGUAAACUUACUGGACUAUGGGGUCCUGGGGGUCAAGUCCCCAAAAAAGGAAACUUCUUUUGUAAUAAAUAUUAAGAUACCAGAUUAUCUGGAUUCUUAUUUUCAGUGUUUCAAGUGGAAAACAAAACUCUUUAUUGUCUAUAAAUCUAAUAUAUUGCUUUUCCUUCCUCUUAGGAGAAUAUUGUAUUGUUAGAUGUUUGUUGAGCUGAUGACAUUCUUACAACUGCUGUAAUAUCUGUUAGUAAUCUGUAUAAUACUCUGUAAAAGUACUGCGAAGAUUGUUAUUAAAUGUAGCUUCAGUCAUUAAAUUACUAUAGAAAGUAGUACUUCAGUAAUAUUAUGGUGUAUCAAGCUCAUUGUAUAUUUAUUUCAUUGAUGUAAUUUAACUUAUUUAUUUGAGAGAAAACAUCUCAUCAUGUUUGUUGUCCAAAGUUACCUGGAAUCAAAUAAAAAUUCUAAGUUAUCAUGAAAAACAUAAA